GUCGUCAAAUAUACACAAUUUAAAAAAUACAAUUAAUAUUUAGUUUCUUUUUACACUUAUAUGUUUAAAUAAUGUACCUGUAAACGUGAACUUGUUUUCACAUAUUAAACAUUUUUUAAAGAAUGAUCGAGAAAUAUUUCCAAUACCAGUGAACAAGUGUCGUUUAGUUUUUAUGUGAUUGUUGUUUUGAGAUUGAGGUUAAAGUUUAAAUACUGAAUUUAAACUAUCGUGUAAUUAAGGAACGAUAUUUGUGAUUGAACAAUGAGAAUAUAAUGUAUUGACAGAAAUAUGUCCUGUGAGUCCUUUCAAGAUCGGCAGGAAAACGAAAUUGAGGUUUUAAAGAUGAAACAUACUUAUCAAACUAGAAGUUUUGACCAAAUAUUGUAAGUGCAGUAAAAGAAAAUAUUUCAAUGAUGAAUGUUAUUGAUCAAAGUUUGAACAUAUUCUAUAACUGGCUAAUAUAUAUAUCUAUAUGUUGAUAUUAAAAGUGAAAAAUGGACAUGGAUCAUGUAAUCUAUAAACUAUGGAUCUCAUAGAUAACAUAACUUCUUGUGUAUAUACAUUGCAGUAUGGAUAUGUUAUAAAUGAAUAAAUAUUUCAGAGUAUCUUUGGAGAUGAACUUCGUGAUUUAAGAAACAAAAAGGAUAAACAGAAAUGGCAACCCUUAGAUGUUAUUAUUACUUUAAUGCCUCAGAAAGGAAUGUCAGGUCCAGCCAAAGCAUACGUGCAGAUUGAUUUACAUGUAACUUGUAGCAAUAAAUAUCCUGCUGAAUUACCAAGGAUACAGCUGAAAAAUGCCGAGGGUUUAUCUCGUCAACAAAUCGAUGUAUUAUAUCGUGAGUUAGUGGAACUUAUGGAACAUUUCAAAACUUCACCCCGAAAAGGUGAAGAAAUGAUUUAUGAUUUAGCACAACAUGUUCAGAAAUAUUUGUACGAGAAUAACAAGCGUAGAUAUGACAGCUUUUAUGAGGAAAUGAUGUCAAAGAGACAGGAAAAGCUCGCUAAUGAAAUGUUAGAAAAACAGUUAAAAGAAGACAAAGAAAGACAGGUGUUACAAGAUGAAGUUAAACAAAGACAAGAAGCGUUAAAAGCUGAACUGCGUAAUAGAAAAGAAUCAAUUCGUUUGUUGAGUGAUCCGUCGAACAAUUCAUUUCAAUCAAUACCGUUACCUUCCCAAGAAAAAUCACGAAUAUAUUCUCGACGGAGAUGUGUCAGUACUUCCGAAAGUUUGGAUGGGGUUUUAUGCGAACACACGGGUACGAAACUGCUGCAUUUCAACCACAACAAAGAUGAACGAGAAGUGUAUCGAGCACGAUGCAUGGGUCAUAGUAAUCAAGGAUCAGUUGUUUAUGCAGGCGUAGAUACUACAACUGGAGAAUUACUAGCAAUUAGUGAAUGGAUGUUAAAAACAAAUAAUAAAACUGCUGAAAAUAAUACUCAACAAACAGUUAUCAAGCAAAUAAGUAGUCUUGAACAAGAAGUAAAUCACUUAUAUAAAUUGUGUCACCCAAAUCUAGUUCAGUAUUUGAACAUGAUGUACCUAGUGAAUGAAGAAACUAUAGUUAUUUAUAUUUUACAAGAAUUUGUGGUUGGUACUAGCUGUUCCUUUUUCUUAUUGGAAAACAUCCCAGUGGACAUCGAUCUGCUUCGAUAUCUGGCGAACGGAAUCCUUUCUGCCUUAAGGUAUCUUCAUGAAAAUAAUGUUGUUCACAAGGACCUACGUGAUACAAGUAUUUACAUUGAUCGCACAGGAAUGGUUAAAUUAUUAGAUUACUCGCUGAAUAAAAGAUUAUGUGAUAUGUAUCAGUCAUGCACUGCAGUUAAAUUCGUGCCAGAUUUUCCUAGUAUUCAAAGUAGAGGUGGAAAAAAAGCAGAUAUUUACCGAUUUGGCGCUCUAAUGUUCUCCUUAUUAAAUGGAACCGUUGUUUCUGGAGAUCAAAUUGAUCCAGCAGCGAUAAAACAGCCUGAUCUCCAAGAUUUCUUAUCAAAGUGCCUUAUCAGUGAUGAACGAAAGCGUUGGUCAGCUGAACAGUUAUUACACCAUUCAUUUAUAAGAACACCUAUAAUUCAUGCUUUAUCGCCUCCAAAAAUACCAAGGAGAGAUGAACAAGAGAGCCAUGAACCGGAAGAACCAGAUACAGAUAUCCGACAGUAUGUGCCUUUAUUAGGGGGUCACUCCAGAAUUAUAAAUGAGUUCGAAAUUCUUGAUUGGCUUGGUAGCGGUGCGUUCGGUGAAGUUCUCAAAGUAAAAAAUAAGUUAGAUGGCGGAAUUUAUGCCAUUAAAAGGAUAGAACUGAAUCCUAAGAAUAAACAACUUAAUCGAAAGAUCACGCGGGAAGUUAAAUUAUUAUCUAGAAUGAACCAUGAAAACGUAGUAAGAUAUUAUAAUUCGUGGAUAGAAAGCGGAACUAUAAGUAAUAAAACAGAAGGGCAACCUGUAUCCGCAACAUCUUCGGAAAAAAAGACUGAAAAUCCUCUUAAUCAUUUAGGUACUGAUGAUAUUGAAAAAUUGGCACCACCGAUGCAAGAAGUAGAAUGGAAUGUUUCAUAUAAAUCUCGAACAAAUACAGCACUUUCAGCUGACAGCGAUGAUGAUAACAGUGAUGCAUCUAGUGACAGUGAUAGCGAUGAAGAUUGUGCGUUUCUGAUGCAGGACAUUUUGAAAAUCGACUCUUCUGACAACAUAGAGUUCGAAAGAGAUUCGAAUUACCAGACAUCGGUAUCAAGCAUAAGAGAAGAUGAAAAUGGAGUGGAAGAAACAACUAAGGAAAUUCAGUAUAUGUACAUUCAAAUGGAAUUUUGUGAAAAGAGCACACUUCGAACGGCAAUUGAUGGAGGUCUUUACAAAGAUCAAAAAAGAGUAUGGAGAUUAUUUCGAGAAAUUGUUGAGGGUUUAGCACAUAUUCAUCAACAGGGUAUGAUACACAGAGAUCUAAAACCAAUGAACAUAUUUUUGGACAGUAAUGAUCAUGUAAAAAUUGGAGAUUUUGGUCUCGCGACUACAAAUAUACUGUCAACAUUUGCCCAGACUAUAGAAACUGACAAGGAAUCACAAGGCGUAGAUAAAGGAAUCAGCUUCGGCACAGAAGAUGUGGGUUCUCUAACAGGACAAGUAGGCACCGCUCUUUAUGUAGCGCCAGAACUUACAACGAAAGCAGCAAAAGCAAUCUAUAAUCAAAAAGUUGACAUUUAUAGUCUUGGAGUGAUAAUGUUUGAAAUGUGUUAUAAACCUUUAACAACGGGAAUGGAACGAAUUAAAGUUCUACUUAGUUUGCGAUCCAAAGAAAUUAUACUUCCAGCAGAAAUGCAACAGCCAGACAUGUCACGUCAAACUCACAUUUUACGAUGGUUACUAAAUCAUGAUCCUAGCCAACGGCCUACAGCGCAGGAACUUCUCUCUUCUGAAUACUUACCUCCUCCUCCACUAGAAGAAACUGAAUUACAAGAAAUGAUUCGGCGUACUCUUUCGAACAAUCAAAGCAAAGCAUAUAAAUAUUUAAUUUCUUGCUGUUUUAUGCAGGAAGUUGCACCAGCAGAUGAUAUUACGUACGAUAUGAAUGUACCUACCAGAGGACAUAUGAACUUCUUAACUUGGAAAAAGCAUCAAGAAGAAGUUAAGUGCAAAGUAAUUGAAAUUUUUCAAAGGCACGGAGGUGUUUAUUUAGGAACUCCUUUAUUGAUGCCAAAGUCGCAUCAAUUUUGUAGUUUUUCAAAUUCCAGUGUAAAAUUAAUGACUCGUAACGGGAAUGUUGUUUGUAUUCCUCAUGAUUUGCGUGCGCCAUUUGCAAGAUACAUUGUACGGAACAAUAUACCACAUAUCAGAAGAUACGCCAUUGAAAGGGUGUUUAGAGAAAAAAAGGUAUUAGGUUUUCAUCCUAGAGAGCUAUAUGAAUGUGCAUUCGAUAUAGUUAGCCCUACUCCUAAUAAUUUACUAAUGGAAGCUGAAUUAAUAUACAUUGUCUGGGAAAUUAUGAACGAAUUAUCGUUGUCACAAGAACGAAAUUUUACCAUCUGCCUGAAUCAUACUUCUUUAUUACAAGCCGUAUUAACUUAUUGUGGAAUUGAUCAAGAAAAAUGUCAAGAUAUUUAUCCGAUACUUCUAGAUGUGCGUGAUGGAAAAUUUUCAAAAUUUCAAAUAAAAACGCAUUUGAUAAGUUUGUGUUUGACGGAUCAAGCUAUGGAAACAUUAUAUAAUUUAUUUGAGAGCGAAGGCUCCCCUGCCAAAAUUAGCAGUAUUUUAAAAACAAUUACGAGGAGAAGAGGAGAUGCUGCUACAUUAGCCAAAGAAGGAUUGAAGGAAAUUGAAUUGAUAGUGAAGAAUAUUGAAGCUCUUGAAGUGAAGUGGCCGGUAGUUGUAGCACCUCUUCUCGUGCAUAAUAUAAAUCAGCAUAGCGGUAUAAUUUACCAAAUAACGUACGAUGGUAAAAAACGUAGAAAAAAAUGUGGAGAAGAAGUAAUAGCAGCCGGAGGACGCUAUGACAAAAUGUUAUCUUCUUUUAAAAAGAUAUUUGAACGAACAGAUAUGGCUAGCAAAGAAAUGAAACAGUACGGUGCUGGAAUUAGUAUUUCGUUAGAGAAACUUAUAUCUGUCGUUUCAGAGACGACAGAAUCUUUAGAGUGCAAAUAUGGAAUGAAUGUUGCUAUUUCUUGUAUGGGUAACUGUUCACGGGAAGAAGAGAUGAUCAAUGUGUUGAAAGAAUUAUGGAGUUUGGGAUUGAAAGUUACAAUCUUAGAUUUACCAUCUGUCGAGGAAAUCCUUGAACAUUGUCAAGAAAAUUUAAUAAAUCAAGUCAUUCUUUUAAAAAGUGAAGAAAAAGGAAGCGUAAGAAUUCAAAGUUGGGAACGCGAUCGAUUUCAAGAAAAGAAAGUAGCCAAUCAAGAGAUCGCUGAUUUCUUUCAAAGACUGGAUAGUUCUACGCCUAUUUUAAAUAGAUCUGAGAGUAAAACAACAACAAACGAGAACUUUUGUAGUAAUAACCCAACAAAUAUUAAUAUCAAUUUUAUUUCGUCUGAAAAAUCGGAAAAACUUUCUGGCAGUUCUAAAAGAAGUUGGAAAAAUUCUAUACUUGCACAAAUGUCUGCCUACUUCCAAAGAAUAUCACCUAAAGUUCCAAUCGAAAUCUUUGCAGUAUUUUUAGAUAUGUGUGUUUUAAGAACAAUCAUAAGUUAUUUGGAAAUUGAUGAGAAGGAACAUGAUUUUUCAAAAAGUUUGCAAGUAAUCAUAGAAAGACAUCCAAAACACAAAAAGUAUAUAAUGGAAAUAUGUGAAAAAAUGCAAGAUGCAAGGAAAGAGAAACAACGACCAGUACUAAUAUUAUAUAGUUUAAUAGAUUACCAAUACAUGACUCUUUUAUAAAUCAACAUUUUUUUAUAUAAGAUUCAUAAAAAUUAUGUACAAAGAAUAUAAAUAAGUGAUAACGUAAAACGGAU